AUGCGCUUUCUCUGCUUUCUCGUGGGCUUAAUUGGUCUCGCUGGCACGGGCAUCGGUGCACCUACUGAGUCUCACUCCGUCAACGUCCGCGACCUUGACGCCCAAGGCAUUGACGUUCACAACAUCGACAGCAACGGUAUUUCUGCCAACGAUCUCCCGUUGCCUAUUCCAGUUGCCAAUAUCUACGUCUGCGCCGAACAAACAUCCACUGGCUGCAAGCUUAUCAAUGCCCACAACUUGUGUCUACCUUUCGGAUCGGAUUUUGCCUACAAGUCCAACUAUGUUCGCCAAGCCAAGGGCACAUACUGCGUAUACUAUACCAAGACUGGAUGCAUGGAUGGAGAUGUGUACUUUCGGUACACGAGCUUUCCGAAACUAGAGGCAGAGUUCACGGGCUGGGGUGUCAAGACGCUAGCGGGAAUAUUCUGCGCAGGAACAGGUCAAACUCUUGACGUUCCUGGCGACGAAGCCCAUGCCGUUGCUUCGCGUGAUACCGGUUUACUCUCAGUCAGCGCAUCUGACUCUGAAGAAGCUAAACUUGAUAGUGUGGACGCUCUUGGCAAGGUACCGGGUGAUACGACCAUCUGCCACGGUCUCAACUUCACGUACUGCAACGACAACCGCAUCAACGCCAUACAGCAGUGUGCAAACUUUGAUUCUAUCGAUAUCGGACCCGCUUCUUUGAUUCAAUACCCCGGUGCGUAUUGUAAGUGGUACAGCGACUUUGGGUGCAACGACAAGACCUUGGUUGGGGCCAUUGAUUCCAUGCACAGCGCGGUUGCGAUCGCUGAUCUCAGGGAGUAUACGAACCAGUUCUUCAGCGUGAAGUGUGAGGCUCACGCUUGGUAG